AACACGUUAUCCAUUUCCCUCCACAUGAGUUCCUUCGGACUGUAGAACUCUUCCUUCCUCGAGCCGUCCGAUAUGGCGACCAUGGCGUCUACGUCCCCGCUGAUCCGCCUCCCUUCCCCGAGAUUUCAAGCCCGUUCCGCAUCCCGAAAGCGCGCCGGCAGCGGCAACCGGCCUCCUCCGCGCCCUCGCCGGCGGUCCGGGAAGCCGGGCCUCCGCACCCGUUACGAGCCGCCGCCCCGGCCCGUGCCCGUCGCUCCGGCGAGCUCCGGGCCCGAGGCGACCACCUACACUCGCCUCCCUCCCAGGGAGGACUUCUCGGCCGCGUCGAUCGAUGCCGUGAGCGAGGUGAAGCUCUCCGAAUCUCGCAUUGCCCUAAUUGAUCCCGAAGCUGAUGGCGUUAGUGGUGAAGUAGGUGAAGAAUGUGAUUAUGAUGGCCAGGAAGAUGGCACUGAUGGGAGUUUGGGGCUUAACUAUAUGUCGCUCGAUGUGUUUGAAGGAAACUCGAGUGCUCGAAUUGAUGAUGGCGGCGAUGAGGAUGAUGAUGAUGAUGAAGAGGAGGAGGAAGAAGGAGAUAGUGAUUAUGGAGAAUUUGAAUAUGAGGAGGAAGUGUUAGGGUUUGACGGCGGAAAGAUAGUCAGUGGUUACGACAGUGAUGGUAAUAAAGUCAUGGCAAUGCUCUACACAGUUGGCGAUGAUGACAAUGAAAAUGAUGGUUCUGCUGGCGAAAAAUCGGGGCUUAAGGACGGCAAGACGGUGAAUUUGGCAGAUUCGGAGGGUGAAUUGGACGAUGAGGAAGCUCAAGUGAAGGAGAAGGGGGUGCCGGCAGUGAUGAGGUGCUUUGACCAAGCCAAGAUAUAUGUGAAAGCCGGGGACGGUGGCAAUGGUGUGGUGGCAUUCCGCCGCGAGAAGUUCGUUCCUUUGGGGGGCCCGUCAGGCGGCGAUGGAGGGAGAGGAGGGAAUGUUUACUUGGAAGUCGAUAGGUCAAUGAACUCAUUGUUGCCGUUUAGGAACAGCGUGCAUUUCAGGGCUGGGAGAGGGAGGCAUGGGCAGGGGAGUAAGCAGGCUGGGGCUAAGGGUGAGGAUGUUGUGGUGAAGGUGGCCCCUGGGACGGUCGUUAGAGAGGCGGGGAAAGAGGAGGUGUUGUUGGAGUUGUUGAAUCCAGGACAGAAGGCGUUGUUGUUGCCGGGUGGUAGAGGAGGGAGAGGGAAUGCUUCGUUUAAGUCUGGGAUGAAUAAGGUGCCUCGGAUAGCUGAGAAUGGUGAAGAGGGUCCGGAGAUGUGGUUAGAGCUGGAGCUGAAGCUGGUUGCGGAUGUCGGAAUUGUUGGUGUUCCUAAUGCAGGAAAAAGCACCUUUUUAAGUGUGAUUUGUGCUGCACAGCCGACAAUAGCAAAUUACCCCUUUACAACUUUACUACCUAAUCUGGGUGUAGUAUCAUUUGACUAUGAUUCUACCAUGGUUGUAGCAGACCUACCAGGUUUACUUGAAGGAGCGCACCGAGGUUUUGGUCUAGGUCAUGAGUUUUUACGACACACAGAGAGGUGUUCUACUCUGGUACAUGUGGUUGAUGGAUCAUCAGAGCAGCCAGAGCUUGAGUUUGAUGCUGUCCGACUUGAGCUGGAAUUAUUCAGCCCUGAACUUGCUGAAAAGCCAUUUAUAGUUGCUUAUAACAAAAUGGAUCUUCCAGAGGCAUAUGAGAGAUGGCCAUCAUUCAAGGAAAGGCUGGAAGCUCGUGGGAUUCAAACUUUCUGUAUGAGUGCAGUGAAAAGAGAAGGCACUUAUCAAGUGAUUUCUGCUGCUUAUGACGUUCUACGGAAGAGUAAGGAAGCAAAGAGCAGUUUUGAAGGUUGGGUGGAUCCCAGCAGUCUGAACCAUGUAGCUGAAAAGGUAAAAGAUCAAAGAAGUGCUUCAAUUAGUGAGUUUGAAAUCACUCACGACAGCAGUUCGCGCACUUGGCAUGUUAUUGGAUCCGGGUUACGACGGUUUGUUCAAAUGACAAACUGGAGGUAUCUCGAUUCAGAGAAAAGGUUCCAGCACGUUUUGGAGGCUUGUGGUGUGAAUAAGACUCUCAUGAAACUAGGUGUAAAGGAAGGGGACACAGUCACUGUUGGAGAGUUGGAGAUGGUGUGGCAUGAUUCCGCUGAGAGAACUGGUCCAUCAACUAUAAACAAGGGAUCCACGGAUUCAAUUAGGUGGCCUCAGUGGAAAUAGCUUGCCUAUAUUAUCUGUUGAAUUACGCUGCACGGCUAAGCAGCUGCUCGUAUGUCAUCAUGAAAGUGGUAGUGGUACUCUGCCUUCAAAAGAAUUUGCAGAAUUGAGGGUGCAGAUUUACAGGACUGUCAUAAAAUCGAUGCAUUAUCAACCCGAGAAGAUUGAUCUGAUUCACUUUUUGGCCAAUGGAACUCAGGAGCGACAACAUGCAAGAGUGACUGUCCAAAUCUUCGUGUCCGACAGGGCGCAGUACUUCCUAAUAAUCAGUUAACUUCUGGUAUGCUCUCAAGGAUUACAAACGUCGGAACCGAAGAUCCAUGGAAUAUCAUCUUAGUGCUGCAUCUAACCAGACGAGCUACCGAUGAAACGAUCUAGUCAGAGAAUCUAUCAAACGCAAGAGAGUAGGGUUUCUCUAAGAACCAUUCCAUUAUCGUUAUUUGUACCCCCGAUCCUCGUCAUUACGAGGCAUGCACCAUUACCCCCAGCAUCGAAUUUGAUGCGGGAAAAACAGAUGACUUCAUGAUUUCUGGAAAAGUUGCUUUCUUGUUAUAAUGAGCAUCCAAGGAGAACUGUCGAUGUGCUAA